ACAUUUUGUUUGAGAAUGCGUGUCCUCGUCUGUCUUGAAAUCUCCCAGAACCCUUUCUUGUAUUACUGUCAACGUUUAUCCUGUUAAGGCUUCAAUAUGUAUUUGGCUGGUUUGGUUGGUUGGUGUACUAAAGUCCUUUCCUUAUGGCAGACAGAGUUUUCGACGUAGGUUUCUUUUUUUUGCAUUGGGAUCAAGUGUGUGCGUGUGUGCGUAUGUGUGAAGGUUUUUGUUCAUGCUAGUUUAGUGGGAGUGAUAAUGGGAGUGGCCAAUCGCAAGAAGGCUUAAAACUUCCAAAUGUAUUCACAGACAUGCACAUUUUGUGGAUAGCUUGGUUACGAGCUAACGGACAGUUUUAAAGUUUAUAAUAACGUGAUGCCUAAAGGAGUGUUAAAAAAAAGGAUUGUUAGGUUUGUUACAAACUCACCUGUUGGUCCAUUAGUUCCUUGGUUUACCAACACAAGACCCUUGAUAGAAGAGUACCAUGUCCUUCCUGCUGUUUGAGGGGCGACGUCAUGCCUCAAUCUACCAGAAGUACCGGAUCGCACCCCCGCAGGAGGUCACAGACAUUGUCCUAAACUACCUGAACCAGAAGAAAGGACAGCCCCAUGUGCUAGCUGUGGACCUGGGCUGUGGGACAGGCCAGAACUCCCGCCUGCUAGCGCCUCACUUCCAGGAAGUAGUGGGCAUUGAUGUCAGCAAAUCACAGUUGGAGGAAGCCAGGGCAGUGUCAGGGUACCCCAAUAUCACCUACAGGAAGGGUACCGCUGAGGAGCUCCCGUUUCCGGAUAGUUCCGUGGACCUACUUACUGCCGCCUCGGCGGCCCAUUGGUUUGACCAGGCCCGGUUCCUGGUGGAAGCAGCUCGGGUCCUGAAGCCAGGUGGGUGCAUGGCUCUACUGGGCUACACUGACAGCUUCAGCCUCCGCUAUGGUUCCUGUGAGGACAGACUCAACCUUAUCCAUGCAGAGUUCAAGAAGUCCCUGUUGCCUUACACCAGUACCAGGGUGGCUGUGGCCGAUAGUAAACUGCAGGACCUCUACGCUGCUAUCCCCUUUCCAGAGAAAGAGAGGGUUGAUUGUGUACAGGUGAGCCAGCCCAUCUCAGUGAGGGCCCUGGUGGGCUUUCUGGAGUCCUUCUCCAUGUACCAGGCCUACAGCAGGGCAGAGCCACAGGCUGCCAGCUCACUGCUGCUCCACACACAGAACAGGUUCCUGGAAGAAAUGGGCGUGACUUCACCUGACACUGAGAUGGAGAUACACCUUGGAUAUUUCUGUGUCCUGGCAUCCAAACCCAAGUGAACAUUCCCAACAGAUAGUCUUUGUUGCCAUCGCCUAAUCAACUACCACAGCUUAUUCAUAACUAGUAAACACUGCAGUCCUAAUGCUUCUUGCUUCUGUGUAGUACCCUCUCAGUUUUUUUAAUAAAUCUGGUAUCUUGUUUUGAUGAAUAAGGCCAACCA